CAUUAUCAUGCUAUCAUAUUCAUAACACAUAAUCAUACACAAUUUCUCUAAAUUUGUGUAUCAUGCCUUAUUUACUCAUAUGCAAUAGUAUUUUCAUUUAGGCAUUAUUAAUCAUUAAUAAUUCAUGAAAAUCACAUUUAAUAAUUUAGGUAAUCUUAUGAAAUUAAUCCAAAGCUCCAGCGCACUCUGAAGUUAAGUUACAGACUCCUGGUGCCAAACUGAAGCAGGGGUUUUCAACUGUUGCAAAAGGGGCCGUUGGAUCUUGUGCUGCAGCACUUCAUAGCCCAAUUACUGGGAAUGUACUGACUGAUGCAAACAAGGAUGUUGGGCAGCUCACUGCUGUACAAACCAAAACCAUAACUUUGGCAGAGAAUCCUUGGAGCUCACUGUUUGAGGAUAACCGGGAUCCAAAACAUGGCAUUAAAUUGAAAUAUAUCUGUUGGGAUAUAUUAUCCCGACCUAUUACUGUUCAGUAGUCCAAGAUUUCACAUAGUACGGAGCCCGUUCAGUAAGGCCCGUUUCGGCCCAUUUAGGCCAUCCGGCCCAGCAGGCCCGUAUUUGGCCCAUUAGGGCGGAGACCACCCUUCCCCAUUCCCCUAUAAAUAUGAGGCUUUCCCACAUGUUUAGGGAUCCCUCUUUCUUCCCCCCUUCUCCCUAGUAUACUCCAUUAAUGGAGCUUCAAUAUUGUAUUAUGUAAUGGGGAGGAGAGUAUUAAUAAAAGGAGAGGGCUUGGACAUUAGCUUAAACAGUCAUGUGGUUUUCUCCCCCUUUCCGGGUUUCCACGUAAAAAUCAUUGUUUAUAUUUUAUUAUCACCCAUAGCCAUGAAACCCUCCCGGAAGGGGUUUUGAACUUCUGGGCUGCGGUGAAUUAACUUCAACACUGGCGCCGUCCGUGGGAAUCUUGUUCAAAAAGAUUUCAUGUGUUCUUGGCAUCUCUACGAAAAAUUCAUGCGAAGUGGACUGGUUUCAGGGAAAGAGGAAGAUAUAUGCGGGGAUUUGGAAAGCUCCAGAUGGGGAAACAGCAAAAUCUCAUAUAGAAUGGUCAGCGAGGUUCGCCGGGCGGUGGACGCAGUCGCAUAGGAAGGCUCCACCGCUGCUACCAUGACAGGUCCAGCCGCAUCCACGAAGUUCCUAACCAGGAUGACCUCACAAACCCGGCACCAUGUCUAGCAGCUGUCUUUUCACCCUUGCUGUGACCUAACAGGGCUGGUGGCUAAAUUAUUGGGUGGGGCCACCCGUGGACCAAGUGGAUUCUAAGUAUAUUGCAUGGCCUUUUUGGCCGAACGGGGCGUGAUGUUUGUAUGCUCAGGCGGCCGAGUUAUUUGCCAAGCGGGAGAGAUUAAUGAGAAGGGAACAAUAUAGUUUCAUCCGGUCCCAGGUAGCAGAGGGGAAGGACCUGCGUUGCAUUGCAAUAUGGAGCGGUAGUCCUCUACACCUUGCGGGAUUUUCACACAAACCACCCAGCUUCUAAAAGCACUCAAACGACGGUCUUCACUUACCGGACGACUUGUAGACAUACCACCCGUCCAAACAGCUGCCUUAGAUGGGAUGUACUUAACCACCGUCCGGCUGAAAGUUUGGAAAAACACCUCACCGCCCCGAUCGCCAUCCACUCACCCUGGCCACCCCGCUUACAGAAUUGUUGACACCUUGUAGGCUGGCGCUCGGUUUCCCAAAGCCCUGCCCAAUGUUCUCUCAGCUCGGCCUCAAGUUACCGGAUAGGCCCCAGCCUUCGGCUUCAACAACACACGAUCUGACCCACCCCGGCAGCCCUGCUAAACAAAACAUUUGUAGCCCCAGCCGCGGGGUUUAGGGACCCAAGGGGAGCCGAGGGUCUGCCAUGCUGUCAACCACUCGUUUGAUUCAAUCUCAGCUCGGCGCCUCCGGUCGGCUUGCUGAUAUCCGCCGGGGGCUGCUCGACUUGCUCCACGAACUUCCUAAAACCAGCUGAACAACCAGCAUCCAAAGGGAACAACGGGGUUGUUUCACAAACAGGGAGGUGGCAUGCAAUCUGUUACACACAGCUAGACACCCAGAACUUUAACUCCGAUCUCCCAGGCCGCAAUUGGAUUCCCGGCUCGCCUCGGCGGUCGUACGGAGAAUGAGCUCUGGUUGUGACGAUGCACGGACCCGCAAUCGGAGCACCCCAGGGUCAGAUACGCGCACCAACCAAUCCAAGGCGCACGGGCUAUGGUUGUGGCGACGCACAGUGAUGAAACCGGCCGGUCUAACUUCGGGAAGGACUCGCGACGCUCUACCUGGACUGUCUUGUGCGAGCUGUCGCCGAUGGGCCAACCCUUUACCAGCAUCCUACUUCGCCGCACGACACAAGGAAGGGAAGGCACGGCUGGUUAACUCACACGCCGUUCAUCCGAAGCUAAAUCCCCACCGAACAUCCAUGGGGCCAAAUAAUGAUCAGCCAACUUCUUUGAAUAAUUUUGACCAAAGUCAAAAUCGGUGAAAAACACAAUAGCGUCACUGCACGCACAACGCGAUCUGCACUCCACUGCCCGCCACAGCUCAGCGUACCAACCUAAUAAUAUUGGCUCGCCCCUGAAGCGACAAUUUUAGAACCAGUUGUGUGCCGAGGUUCGGCCUCAGAUUGGCUCAAUCCGGCCACCACCGCUGCCACGCUACCCGUCCAAGGGGCACCGAUACCCAGUACGCUCAGUCCUCGGCUCAACGCCGCUCGGCAAACACAAUACAACUCCGGCUGACCAGAUCGGCUCACUAACCGGCGAUACACCGCUCGGUUCUAAACGCACUUCAGAGGACAACAAGGACCUGGUAGGCGGGCCGCCGGCUUCCAAGGCCCUGCUCAAUGUUCAACACCGUUCGUCCCCAAGGCAACUCGGGCCCCUGGUGCAGAGUAGUCUCCGCUAGCUGGCUGCAAGGGAAGGAGAAGCCGGCAGGUUCGAGACUAAAUUGGUGGGCUCCACACUCCCGUGCUUUGCAAAGUGGGAUAUGAAUUACGUAGAAUAUUGGACCGGUCAUAAUUAACCCAAAGGGAAGCCUUGUUGGGCUUUUCAGCAACCUGCCAAGUUCAGCUCGUCCAAAGCUAAGUACCUUCUCUACACUUUAAGUAAAUUGCGAAAAUAUAUUAUUAAUAUGAUGGGUUAUCACCAUUAUUUAUUAGGGAAUAAGAAUAUCCUGAAAUCAAAUAAUGCCGAGCCGAGCUCAAGUGGUGAUCUUUCACCGUCAUUUUAAUGACUAGGUGUCGAGCCGAGCCGAGGGUCAUUGCACCCUUAGGUCGACAAUCACAUCCGGAAGAACCGCAAAUCGGAAAAAAAAUGUUGGGUGUAUACAUAUGCGUAUUGUCUGGCCAUUUGGCUGCAUAACUAUGUUCACUAUGCAGAUAAAGAUAAUAAUCGGAACGAUCGACAACAGAUGAUGCUCAAAAUGAACCUUGGUGCCAAGGGCCCGAGGACGAACAUCUUCUACCAUCAAGCCGAGGGAUUGGGGACGACCAUCCCCAACCCAGAAGCCGAGGAUCUAAAGAAGACCAUCAGGCUGAGGGCUUCGGAUGAACAUCUUUCACCUGGAGGCCAAAGCCCGGGGACGAACAUCUUUCACCCGGAGGCCAAAGCUCGGGGACGAACAUCUUUCACCCGGAGGCCAAAGCCCGGGGACGAACAUCUGUCACCCGGAGGCCAAAGCCCGGGGAUGAACAUCUCUCACCCAGAGGCCAAAGCCCGGGGACGAACAUCUUUCACUCGGAGACCAAAGCCCGGGGACGAACAUCUUUCACCUGGAGGCCAAAGCCCGGGGACGAACAUCUUUCACCCGGAGGCCAAAGCUCGAGGACGAACAUCUUUCACCCGGAGGCCAAAGCCCGGGGAUGAACAUCUCUCACCCGGAGGCCAAAGCCCGGGGACGAACAUCUUUCACCCGGAGGCCAAAUCCCGGGGACGAACAUCUUUCACCCGGAGGCCAAAGCCCGGGGACGAACAUUGUUAGGUCCCCUAGAUUUUGAUGAACAAGUAUUGUUUUGAUGAUGCCACCCCUUUUUGAUGUAUUAUCCUUGUAAUAGACUAGCAAUUGUAUUUGUUAUACUACUGUUUAUUAUAAUGUGUUCAAAAGUGAUAAAGUACUCAAGAAAAACA